CGUCCAUUAUCCUAAAACGUCCCGUCUCAGCAUCAUGGAACAAGAACAUGAGAGGCAGAGCAACGUCUUGCAGAUCAUGAUGCAAGAACGGAGAGACGCAAAAGCACACCGCGAUUUGACUGACGCAAAGUUCUUGGAGUGUCCCACGAUCGAAAACGUCCAGGAGACAUUUAGCAAAUUCACCAAGAAGGAGGAUUUCGAUCAUUUCAAGAAGGAGAUCUCGGCGAAGGUGGAUGAUUCGACUUUACCUCAUCAAGUCCAAGUGGUGGAAAAGGUCUGUGAGGGCUUAGCCACAAAAGAUUCGGUCACCUCACUCGGACAGACUGUUAGCCGAUUGAGUGGAAAAUUGGAAGAUUCGACCAUCGGUGUUCAAAUUACAGCGCUUGACGGUCGGGUUACUUCAACAGAGGACAAGAUCCUUGACGUUCAGAAACAACUCGCUCGUAUUACCAACCUUGGUGAUCAAGUCAAGAACUCAGCAAGCAAGCAAGAUUUGGACGUCAUCACUUCGACCGCCAAAGACCAGGACAANGCUGUUAAUACGAUCGCGUAA